AUGAAACUCCUAUUUGGUCUCGUUGCGCUUUUGGCUAUUGCCAACGCCCGUUCUCUUGUCAAGAGGGAUAACAGUUAUGGAGAUGAGCCAGUGACACCUGCUGCGCCGGCAGCGGAAAGCCCUGCCCCGGCUGCCGAAGAGCCCGCUGCGCCCGCUGCACCCGCUGGUGGAGAUGUUUCUGGAGGAGAGGCUGCUCCCGCUGAGACUCCUGCUCCCGAAGCACCCGCUCCAGAGGCCCCAGCUGCUCCCGCUGAUGCUGGAUAUCAAGCCCCAGCCCCCGCCGAGCCAGCCACCGAAGCCCCAGCUGAGGAAGCACCAGCACCCGCAGAGCAGCCAGCCCCUGCCGCCGAGGCACCGAAAGUUGAGGCUUCAGGAUAUCGCAAGAAGCGUGACAACUCGUACGGAGACGAACCCGUGGCCCCAGCUGCACCAGCUGAGACUCCUGCUCCAGAAGCUCCUGCACCAGAAGCCCCAGCCCCAGAAGCCCCAGCUGAGACUCCCGCUCCUGAAGCCCCAGCCCCAGAAGCCCCAGCCGAGACUCCUGCUCCUGAGGCUCCCGCCCCAGAGGCCCCAGCUGCUCCAGCUGACGCCGGAUAUCAAGCUCCCGCACCCGCUGAGCCAGCUCCUGAGGCACCGGCUGAGGAGGCACCAGCACCAGCUGAACAACCCGCUCCCGCUGCUGAGGCGCCAAAGGUCGAAGCCUCUGGAUACCGCAAGAAGCGUGACAACAGCUAUGGAGAUGAGCCCGUUGCCCCAGCUGCCCCCGCUCCCGAGGCUCCAGCCCCAGAAGCCCCAGCUGAGACUCCCGCUCCUGAAGCCCCAGCCCCAGAAGCCCCAGCCGAGACUCCUGCUCCUGAGGCUCCCGCCCCAGAGGCCCCAGCUGCUCCCGCUGAUGCUGGAUACCAAGCUCCCGCACCAGCUGAGCCAGCUACUGAGGCACCGGCUGAGGAGGCACCAGCACCAGCUGAACAACCCGCUCCCGCUGCCGAGGCACCAAAGGUCGAAGCCUCUGGAUACCGCAAGAAGCGUGACAACUCGUACGGAGAUGAGCCCGUGACCCCAGCUGCUCCAGCCGCUCCUGAGGCACCUGCACCAGAGGCUCCAGCGCCUGAGGCUCCAGCCCCAGCCCCAGAAGCCCCAGCUGAGACUCCCGCUCCUGAAGCCCCAGCCCCAGAAGCCCCAGCCGAGACUCCCGCCCCAGAGGCCCCAGCCGCCCCCGCUGACGCUGGAUAUCAAGCUCCUGCACCCGCUGAGCCAGCUCCUGAGGCACCAAAGGAGGAAGCCCCAGCCCCAGCUGAACAACCCGCUCCCGCUGCUGAGGCGCCAAAGGUCGAAGCCUCUGGAUACCGUGUC